AUAACAAAAUUCUACAUUCGCACAUAUAUCAUGAUAUAAAGAGAGGAUAACGAAAACUGCACAUAACGCUGUAGUUAAGUCAAAACAGGACAAGUAUUGGUGUACAGAAGAUAUUUUAGCAGAAGUUUAAUUCUUCGGUUAUUAAAUAGAACGAGAAUCGACCGGCUUAAUUUAUUUCUACAAAAUGAACAAAGGUCUUGUGUUGGGUGUGUAUGAGCCUGAGACAAAGGAUGGAGCGAUUGAUGUAACCAGUAGUCCAUCAGCAGCACACUUCAAUUCUCUGAGUGAAGGACAACUUGCCAAAGUUCUCCAGGUUGCUGGAAGGGAUUUGAAGGCUGGUUCCAGUCGAACACUGUUCAGUGUGAUACCUGGCUACGAUACGACCGCUAUCUGCUGUCUUGGAAAGAAAGGGGCCAAGUUCAAUGAGGCGGAACAGAUUGAAGAGGGAUGGGACAACAUCAGGGCUGCAGUGGCUGGUGGAGUGCGAGCCUUACGUUCCGUUGGGGAGGUCGAGCUGGAGGUUGAUCCGUGUCUUAUGGCUGAAGCUGCUGCAGAGGGUGGGUACCUGGCCCUGUUUGAGUAUGACGAGCUUAAGGAUCCUGAAAAGAGGAAGAAACCUGUUAACCUGACCUGCCUCACGUCUCACGUGGGAUCGUCGGAAGUUGGAUCAGUUGAUAGGAUCAAGGCGUUGUGGGCGAGGGGCAAGGCGAAGGCGGAGGGUCAGAACUUUGCGAGGCAUCUGAUGGAGAUGCCGUCCAACAAGCUCACCCCUCGACUGUUUGCGGAAAAAGUCCAGGAGAAGUUCUCAGGAAGGCAGAAUGUCAAGGUUGUUGUCAGGGACAAGAAGUGGAUUGAAGGUGAGAAGAUGAACUCGUUCCUUGCCGUGGCCCAGGGGUCAAACGAGCCUCCAUACUUCCUGGAGGUCGUCUACAAACAUCCCCACUGCAAGAUGGACAAACCUCUUGCUCUUGUCGGCAAGGGGAUCACCUUCGACAGUGGUGGUAUCUCUAUCAAGCCAUCGGCCAAUAUGGACCUAAUGAGGGCCGACAUGGGCGGGGGAGCCUGUAUCCUGGGAUCCAUCCUUGCAGCGGACAACAUGGAACUAAACACGUACCUGCACGCUUUCAUUCCAAUGACCGAUAACAUGCCAAGCGGCCAUGCAAUCAAGCCUGGUGACGUGGUCACUGCGCGCAGCGGCAAGACCAUUCAGAUCGACAACACGGACGCGGAGGGGCGGCUGAUCCUCGCUGAUGCGCUCAACUACGCAGAGACUGUGAACCCCCUGCUAAUCCUUGACAUGGCCACCCUGACUGGAGCUAUAGAUGUAGCCCUGGGUGCAGCAGUGACUGGAGUGUAUGCCACCAAUACUGACACAUUCAACAUCCUUCAGAAGGCUGGUACCCGUACUGGAGACAGGGUGUGGAGGAUGCCUCUGUUGAAGCACUACACCAAGCAGGUCACCGACAGCAAGCUUGCAGACUUGAACAACAUUGGGAAGGCUGGACGCUCUGGCGGCUCCUGCACCGCAGCAGCUUUCCUCAAGGAGUUUGUGACGCACUCUGACUGGAUGCACCUGGACAUAGCUGGUGUGAUGGAAAACAAGGAUGAUGUGCCCUACCUCAACAAGGGCAUGGCUGGUCGACCAACAAGAACCAUUAUUGAGUUCAUAGAAAUGGUUUCCAAGUCAGAGGGUUCUCAUUGAAAAAUGUCUUUGUUUCGCACAUCUACAGUUGUACCACAACAUUUUUGUUGAACAUUCCUACUGUAUGGGUGUUGGUAUCAGACGGAUUUAUCUUAUACAUUGUGUUAGAGAACUUUUUUUUGUUUUGAUUAAACAGAGUGAUUAUUUUUGAGGAACAUACAAAUUGCAUUAAAAUUAACUUAAAUUUAAAAAGUGUCAUACAUUUAUUAUUAAACAUUUUUAUAAUGUACCUGUUGAUGUUAUUGGAUAAUGGUGGCAAAAAGGUAAAAACAUGUACAUCACCAUGUUUGGCUUAAAGUGAUUUUUUCUCAGAUUUUCGUAUAAAAAAAUAAUUCAAUAUAGUCCUUAGUCAUGAGUGUUUUUUCCAUUGUUGAAACACAAAGUGUACAUCAUUUUUGUAAUAAAGGAUAAUUAUUUGAAAAUCUUCAUUUAACUAAACUGUGAUUAAGUCACUUUAAGUUCAAGAAAAUAUUGUUUGCAUUCGUGUUGGGCAUCCGAAUGUGCAUGGACAAACACAUGAAAUUACAAAACCAUAUGUUUUACAUAAUUUAUUUGAUAACAAUUAUAAACAAACCAGAAACAACCCAUUUAUUUGUAGAUAACAAUAUUCUUAGACACAAAGCAUUUCAAAAGUAUUUCAAAACUUCAACAGACUUAAUUUAUAGGUUUAAAUAUUCCAACAACUUUUAAAUACAGUAUGACAUAGGAACGUUUGGGAUAAUAAUGACAUCAUGAUCAACGAUAUUUUGCUAUCAAUUAAUUUGCCUUCACGUAUACAUGUUCUAUAAUAAUUAAUUAAUAAUACAUAUAUUCGGAUGAAUUUAUACUAUUUAUACUUGUUUUAUAGACAUUUGUAGUUGUUGUUGCUUUUUGAUAACCAGAAUUUGUACUUUCCGUGGUGCCUAGUGCAUGUCAAAAUCCAUCUCAAAAUCCUAUGAAAAUACAAAUAAAGUGCAUAUAUAACAAA